UUUAUGAGUUAAUAUACAUUGCUACAUUCAUAUCAACGUCAAAUAAUUAAAUGCAUUCGUUGGUUUCACAGAUAAGCAAAGCACAAUCAUUUGCAUGCACUUUCAAAGGUAGAGAGAUACAAAGAGACUCCGUUUUGGUCACUAACUGUAAACCUUUUAAACGACUGCGACUGUCCUACUAUGACCAGAUGGCCGCAUUGCUAUUCCAAGAGAAGCGCUCAAUAUCAGCGCCUCGCCUUUUGAGAAGCAGUGACGCUACCUACCUGAAAGCAAUUGACUCAGAAACGCGGAAGUGAAGUCAACUUAUCUUUAGCUCAGUACAGAAGUUUUUAAUAUUGUACUUUUAGUAUAAUUAGAGCUCCAUGUCUGAAGUAAGGGUAAACGUUUCGUGAGUAAUGAAGGAAACGGCGCUCCAACGACAGAAUAUGUGAAUGUUGAUCAAUUUUCGCUCAAUUUGGAUUACGAGCGUAUUGCAACAUGUACUUCAAGAAUCCAGAGCAGGAUGGUAAUGAGCUGCAGGAGAGAAACACGGAUGGCUUUGACAAUACCAUGGAGGCAUUACUCCCAACUCUGCACCAGCAGAGAACAUAUGAUUAUGUUCUAGUUGCUGACAAAGUUGAGGACCAAGAUCACCCAAAGUUUCUGAAGCAGGUGGCUUUUAUUGACCACCUGAGGAAGAAAAACAUGAAAGUAACAAAAAUCGUUCAUGAUGACAAGGUGUUUUAUGGUGUCCGGGCCCCAAAGGAGAUCUUUGACAAGUACAGGUACCUACUAAAGGUGUCUGAUGCUUGCAACUGGAGCGGCGACCGGAAAUGUGUCAUCAUCCCUCACUCAACCAGGAUCAGAGUAGUGCAUUACAUCCUACACCACACCCAUAUCAACACAGGGGAGAACCUCGAAGAGCUCCAGAAGAAGGGUGUCUUUGAGGCCACGUUCUGCCUGCAUGAGAGGAACAAGCAAAAGGUGUUGAAACAAAAGUGGGCACGAUGGUCUGCUCUCUGUACGACCCAGCCUGUCGAUGAUGUCAGGAGUUACUUUGGAGAGAAGGUGGCUCUGUAUUACCUGUGGUUGGGCUGGUAUACCAUCCUGCUGGUCCCUGCAGCCAUUCUGGGUGUGAUUGUGUUCCUGUAUGCACUGGCUUUCUUCAACACCAGCCCCCUCAUAAAGGAGGUCUGUGAGUCUGACACCGUAAUGUGCCCGAGGUGUGACAAGUGGUGUCAAGUAUGGCAGCUGCGUGACACCUGUACCUAUGCCAAGGUGAGUCAUCUGUUUGACAAUGAGGGGACGGUGGCCUUUGCUAUGUUCAUGGCAGUCUGGGCUACCAUUUUUCUCGAGCUGUGGAAGAGACACAAAGCAACGUUUGUGUCCAAAUGGAAAGUCUUUGACUGGUGUGAGGAAGAGGAGGAGCUCAUCCUGGGAGUAGUGAAUGAUCCAGACUUCCAUCCCAAAGAGUUUCGCCAUUCUUAUCUGCGGAGCACUCUAGUUCUGGUGCUGGUCACUCUCAUGUUGGUUCUGAUCAUCGGGCUAACCCAGGCUCUGGUGGUGUUCCGUGUGGUUGCUGCCGUGCAGCUGUCAGAGGGAACAUGGGAGUUUGUAAGGGACCAUGCCAACACUGUAGCAGUAAUGUUGGGUGCUGUACUACACUACUUCACCAUGCAAGUUAUGACCAGAGUCAACAAGGCGGUGGCCUUCAAGCUGUGUGAGAUAGAGAAGACACAGUCAUUUGCGGCCACUGAGAGGAGCUUCACUGUUAAGAUGUUUACCUUCCAGUUCUUCACCCUCUUCUCCUCACUCAUAUAUGUGGCAUUUUUCCUGGGCAGGAUAAAUGGUCGCCCAGGCAGCUAUGUUCGUAUUUCUGGUAAAUGGAGAUUGGAGGAGUGUCAUCCCAGUGGCUGCCUCACUGACCUCUUCAUUCAAAUGGCCGUCAUCAUGUUGCUCAAACAGACACUGAAUAACAUCUUUGAGUUUACUGUGCCCUGGUUCAAGAGUUACUUCAGAAGGACUACAACUAAGAGGCUGGAGAGGAAGUGUGGCCACUGCUACAAAAAUGCAUGUCGCGAAGAGGAGAAGAGGGGCCAUGACCCAUGUGAUAUCUGCAAGCUUCGUGAUUGGCUCCGCAACUACGAUCUGAAUGACGUCAACUCUUUCAGUCUCUUCAAUGAGUUUCUGGAAAUGGUUGUUCAGUUCAGUUUCACCACCAUCUUUGUGGCGGCCUUCCCUCUGGCCCCUCUACUGGCCCUCAUCAACAAUAUCUUUGAGAUCCGUCUGGAUGCCAUCAAGAUGGUCAGCUUGGAACGCAGAUUAGUCCCCAAGAAAACCAAUGACAUUGGUAUAUGGACCAAAGUUCUGGAAGCUAUUGGUGUUCUGGCUGUCAUUGCCAAUGGGCUAGUCAUUGGGGUGUCCUCAGACUUCAUCCCUCGGCUGGUCUAUCGCUACCACUACGGACCCUGUGCCAACGGAGAAGCUGAUGUACACUGUAUGAAGGGCUACAUCAACGACACCCUAUCCACUGCUCAUAUAACAGACCUGAGCGUGCGGAAUGAUUUUUUCCCCAGUCAACUGAUCACAGAGAGCGGCUUCAAUGUUACACAAUGCAGCUAUAAAGACUACAGAAAUGAUGUUGACUACAGCCUCACCUCCCAGUUCUGGCUCAUCAUGGCUGUACGCUUUGCCUUCGUCGUCCUAUUUGAGCAUGUAGUGGUCAUCUUUAAAUUCAUUGCUGCCUGGUUUGUGCCUGACUCCCCCAUGCUGGUGAAGAACAACAGACUGAAGGACAAAUUCAGUAGACUCAAAGAGGAACUGCAGGAUAUGAAGUGCAGCCAGUCCACAGAUGUGUGAUGCCUGCAACGGAGGGACAUCCUGAGACAUGACCAGCAUGACACAUGACUUUGAAGAUUU